AUGUCUCCAUGGUUGCCAAUUGUUUUGCGUAUCUCUUCCUUCAUUUCCUAUUCGUCUAGCCUGAACAUGUCCUUCGGAUUCCCCGAGUCAACGAUUUGUGCUCUUCGUGAGAUGUGUGAAUCGUUUGAUGUGGAUCGAAUUGGAUACAUUUCGUCGAUUCAAUUGAUGCAAGCAAUGAAUGGAGUUACUGGGAUGCAGUUGUCAAAACAUCAAAUUGAUGGAUUGCUUGAUGAAACGAAUACGAAUGGAGAGGGACAAGUCAAUUAUGAAGUUUUUUUGAAGAUGGUCAGU